AUAUUCCGCAGCGUUCUUAGCUGUUAUUACGUCAAAAUAAGCAUACGCCAGCUUGAUGUGUACUGUGUAACACGACAACGAUUUACAGUAGUAGUUCAGUUGAGUCGACAAAGAAUUGUUGUGAGAGAAUGUGAGAUUAAGUUUGUGCGUACUUUGAUAUGUUUUUUUCAUUGUGAACAGUUUUUUUUGGUCUAUUAGUAUGAAACUUUUUUGUUCGUUUUGGAUUAUCGUUUUUUAUUAAACAAGGUAAACAAGAUGAUGAAACACGUACAGCUUUCUCCUUAUCGGAGUAGAGCUGAUACAGUGUCUCUCAGUUCAACGGUUUCUUAUGGAAGCUUAAGUCCCGAACCACUAGGAAGCAGAUCUUCGAGUUAUUCUUCAUUAAACGACUCAGUUCAGACUACAAUAAAAGUGUACGCUAGAUGCCUCCGACCCGAUAUCGAAUAUAAAACUCUAAGUAUAACUUUCCAAACGACUUGUAAAGAUGUUGUCGGAACCCUGUUGGGUAAAUACAAGAUGAAACACAGAGAUCCGAAACUUUUUUACCUUUCAAUGGAAGUGACCGUUCGAAAGGCGGGCGUGAAGACGCAUCUGGCGUUGGACGAGGAAGCUCGACCGGCAGUUUUGCAAAGCUGUCACCCGAAAGGUGAUUCCAAAUUUUCUUUACAAACUCGACGUGGUGGUCUGGUAAAAAUCCACGAUUCGGCUCUAAAUAACAAUUCUCAAUACAAAAGUCUUUUAAUAAGCGCAAGAACAACGGCAGAUGAAGUCAUAUCGUUGUUACUGAAUUGUAGUAAUAGUAAAGAACGCGUUGAACAAUUUUCCAUAUACGAGGUGAAUACUGAUAGAGAACAACAGAGAAAACUACAUCCGGACGACAGACCAUUGUUAGUUCAACAAACUUGGUUACCAACCCAUCAAUGUCAUUUUCUAAUAAGAAGAAAUCCCGAUUAUUUACCUUUAUCCAGAAGGAAGAUAUUUUGGGUAUCGGAACCGCCUCUACCAGUUUCGAGAACAUUUAGAACUUCGCAACCGAUUUCUUUUUCCCAACGAAAUAAUAACAAUUCUUGUAAUAAUUUAUUACCUAUGUCGGGGUCUCAUCAACCUACUUCUUUCUUAGACGAUCGUCAGGACGAAGAAAAUGUUGAAAGAAACGAGAAAAUUAAACAAAAAGACGCGACGACUGUAGCGAAAAAGAAAACUAACUUAAAAAUUUGGAAUAGCAGCUCGCUGGUAUCGAAAACUGAUAACGAACAAACGUAUGCCGAUUACGAGAAUUAUUUUUAUAUAUAAAAUCGAUUUUACGUAAAAACAUUUAUAAAAAAGUUUUAACUUAUCGAUAAACCCUUGUAUUAAUAAAAAAUUGAUAAUUUUCAUACUUGUAUCUAAAAAUCAUUAAACCCUGUAUUAAUACUUUAUGAAAAAAAUCAAUUUACAUAUCCAUCCACCCCUGCAUUAUUGAAAGUUUAUACAAAAAAAAGUUAUAUUUCGAUUUACCCCUGUAUGUUCUAAAAAAAUUAACGAUUCCCACACAUCGAUGCACCCUGUAUUAAUAAUUACAAAAAAUAUCAUUUAUUUCACAUAUCUAUCCACCCCUGUAAUAAACAAAUUUAAAAAAAUUCAUAAUUUUCACGUACCGACCCACCCUCGUAUAAUUCGCCAAAAUCUAUCCACCCUAUAUUAUUGACAGUUUAUACAGAAAAAAUGUUACAUAUCGAUCUACCCCUGUAUUAAUAAUUAGGAAAAUAUCAUUUAUUUCACAUAUCUAUCCACCUCUGUAAAAAACAAAUUUUCAUAAAAAAAAAUUCAUAAUUUUCACGUACCGAUCUAACCUCGUAUAAUUCAACGCCAAAAUCGAUGCAUCCUGUAUUAAUAAUUCGUUGCGAAUACAUUCAUUCUACAUAUCUAUCCAUCCCUGUAUUAUUGACAGUUUAUACGUAAAAUGGAAUAAUGUUACAUAUCGAUCUACCCUGUAUUAAUGAUUAUUAAAAAUAUCAUUUAUUUUACAUAUCUAUUGAUCCCUUAUAAAAUUCAUAAUUUUCACGUACCGAUCCACCCCCGUAUCACUCAACGCUUAAAUCGAUGCACACUGUAUUAAUAAUUCGUUUCAAAAAAAAAACAUUCACUUUACAUAUCUAUCCACGCCUGUAAUAAAAAAUUUAAAAAAAAAUUCAUAAUUUUUACGUAUCGACACACCCUCGUAUCAUUCAACUCCAAAAUUGAUGCACCUGUAUUGAUAAUUCGUUACAAAAAAGCCAUUUACGUUACAUAUAUAUCCACCCCUAUUUACAAUCUUUAAGUACUGUCCCACCCUCGUAUCAUUCAACCCUGUAUUAAUAGUUCGUUAAGAAAAAACCACUUAUUGUACUUAACUAUUCACCCCUGUAACAACAAAUUUUUCUAAAAAAAUUCAUAAUUUUCACGUACCAAUCCACCAUCGUAUCAUUCAACGCUAAAAUCGAUGCUCCCUGUAGUAAUAAUUCGUUAUGAAAAAACCUUUCAAUAUUAACAUCUCUUUAUUAUUGAUGAUUUUCACAGAACAUGAAUAAUUUUUACACUUCAGUCAGUCCCUGUAUUAAUUAACAUUUUUGAAAAAUAAUUGAUAAUUUCCAAAUAUCAACCCACCCCCUAUCAUAAAAGCUAUCAAGGAAAAAAUGAUCCAAACACAUCGAUGCGCCCUGUAUUAAUAAUUAUUUCUGGAAAAUAUUGAUCGACCCCUGUAUUAAUUUAUUUCAGAAAAUCAUUGCUUUCCACAUAUUGUUGAUUUAUACAGAAAAUGGAUAAUUUUUAUAUAUUGAUUUAAACCCUGUAUCUGGCUUCUAAAAAAAUUAUACUUACUCAUCGAUUCACUCCUAUUUUCUAAAGAUAUACAUAGAAAAAUGAUGAUUUCAAAUAUUCAAAAUAUUUAUGGUAUUAAUAAACGUUUAAAAAAAUUAAACAUCUUUGUACCCCCGUAUUAAUAAAGUUUUAAGCAUAUACAAUAAAUUAUUUCUACUCACAUAUCCGGUCGUUUAUAAAUGUUUUUAUGUGGAAUUGUUUUUUUUUGUAAAAUUUUGUAUAUAUAUAUUUUUUUGUGUCGUUUAUUUUUUUUGAAUGUGAUAUGCAGCUUUGGAUGCCAAAGAAAAUUAUUCUACUAAAAAAGGCAACUAUCAAAUUUUAUACUACAAAUAAUGAAAUUCACAAAAUUCUUCACUUACCCCGUAACACAAAAUAAAAAUAAUUCACUUUACAUGUUUGUUGUUUUCAAGUGUUCCUCGUACUAAAUAUUUAUCUGAACCAGAACCGGCUUUAACGCUUUUGUCUAUAAAUAUCUUUGAUAUUCAUAACUUAGAUGGCAUUUUUGUUGUCAAGGCUCCAUUUGAAAAAAUACAAAUCCGUUUCUGGUACAUCUUUUAAAAUGUUUGUGUGUUAAGUUGUGUAUCAAUGAGUUUUUCUAUCGUAUACCAAAGAAUUCUCUAUUUUGUACAUAAAUUAUAAUAAAAUUGUAUUUCCGAUGUCUAAUAAUUGUAUAUUAUUUAAAAAAAAAUAUUUUUAUGAAAUCUAA